AACCUUUCAGCUUAUGACCUUUGACCCUGCAAUGGACUUUGCAGUUUUCACAACAAGUCAAUAAGUAUCAACAAAUUUACAUUAAAAAAGUGAUGCCAACAAAAAAGCCAACUAAAUAAUAUCAAGGCCAAGGUGUAAACGCAAAAUUUGAGGUAAGGUUAUUUAGCUCUUUAUUGCAUUUAACCACUUUGGCUUUAAAUCCCCCUGCUAGUAAUAGUUAACUAGUAAUAAAUAAAUAGUAAUAUUCCUCGGCCUUUUGGAAUUAAACAAAAUAAACUACAAAUAAGUUAUUUUUAAUUAUAAUAAAUAGUAUAACGUUUUGGUUUUAGUCGCUUGGAACUUUCACUUUUGGAACUUUCACUUUGUUAUUAAGUUUGUAGUUUGCGUACUAUUGACACUGCCUGGACUGUUACUUUGACUUUUAAAAAUUGAUCUAAGAAGGUAGUGGGGAUCUCAAAGAGAGGAACCAAGGAGACAGGAGAUGCUAUGAAAAACAUAGUUUAAGUACAAUGACCAGAUUUUUCUAGGAUAACAUGCCCCCAUCUCCCCAAGCUCACGCCAAAAAAAAUGGUUGGUGAAAGUUGACUGAAAGACACACCUUCCUGUUCCUGAAGGGUUAAAAACAAAUUCAUUAGUGUACAUUAUAUAGUAUACUCAGUUUUUACUGUUUAUUAUGGACAAAACCUUUUUGAUAACCAACAUAUGUUUCAAUGUAUUGACUUUGAGUUGUGAUUUAUCUGGUGUCCCCAUGUUGUUUAUCAGAGAAAAGAAUUUUUCACUUUGAGCGUUUAAGUUUAUCCCUUCUAGGGAAAAGUACACAGUUUGCAGUAAAUGCCAGACGUCGGGACAUAACUUGACCUUUUGGGAAUGCCGGGAUGGGUGGUGCAAAAAUAAGGACUGUCCUGGGUAAACUGGGAUGUCUGUUCAUCAUAGAUAAGGUGUUCCUUGACCGGGUGCCUAAGCGCAAUUUAAUAGUAUUAUUAGUGAUUACUGGUGUUGUUUUAUAUUAUUUAUAAUUUUUUAUUUGAAUUAUUUAUUUCUUUAAAAUACUUCUUUCAUAAUCAUAAAUGAUUUUAGAAUAUCAGUCCAAAAAGAGAUGUAGUGUCACACUGAAGUCAUCAAAGAUAACAUCCUGACAAUUGCAACUCUUUGAUGACUACAAUGCUAGCUUGUUGUUUUUUUAAACCUUAUUACUGCUUUUUAACACCAUAUGGUAUUUCUUUCAACUGGCCUGAUUAUAAAUGGAAUUUGUAGUACUGGUACCAGUAUUUAGCACCAACAAAUUUUUUUAGGGUUUCAGAGUCAAAAAUUAGUAAGUAGUAAUCAGUGCAGAAAAUAAAUUUAUGCAUUGCGCUGUUAAAUAAAUUUUUAUUAUAAAAGUUUAUUUUAUAAGUUCAGAGGUUUUAUGAUGGUUUCUACAUUUUAUGAUAGGUUAGUGAUGAUAUGAUGGUAGAGAGUGGGAUAAAACAUCUGCCAAAAUACUGUGGCAUCAUUUAUUUUAUUAUUGGCCCCUAAUGAAAGUAAAAUCACCAGCUAAAAGAUUUUUUACUAGCAUAAGCCUAAAUUAUUAUUUAUUUUAAGCUAGAAAGUUAAUCUUAAAUUAUACUACAGUGAAUUUAUAUACCUUCUGGUUGUGACUUGUGUCAAGCAUUUUGCUCAUUUAUGAUUGAUUUUAUUUUACGACUUUUUUCUUUAUUUUUGGAAUGAUUUGAUUUUAUUAAAAUUAUUAUUUAGCAUUGCAGCGUUUAAAUUUCAUUACUUCAUGUUAAUUGUAUACAUUAUUUUAUUUUCAGUCUCAGAUUCAAACAUAUUCAAUGGCCUUAAGUAAGCGUGCAUACAUCAUAGGAGUGGGAGUGACCAAAUUUGUUAAACCUCUGUCUAAAGAAUGGGACUAUCCAGACAUGGCACGAGAAGCAGGUUAAAGUAGUACAGUUAUAAAUCUUUUGACUAUUUGCCAAAUUAUUGUAUAUAAGAAUUUCCGGGAAGGGUGGGGGUGGGGGGGGGGGGGGGGGGGGGGGGGGGGGGGGGGGGGGGGGGGGGGUGGGCUGAAAGAAAUGAAAGUCAUCUUAUUAAGAGGGUUGUGAGUUUGUGCUGUUAAUUUUCAUUUUAUGUUUCUUGGCAGUAUUCUUUUAGAAAAUAUUUAUUUUAUCAACACUUUAGAAGGGUCUUGAAUUUAUUAUAACAUUAUUUAUAGGGCUAAAUUUGUAUUUGUCAUGUGUAAAAAUAUAAGCCUAAUAGUAUUAGUAAUUCUAAUAGAUUUAAACCUAGUCCUCUUUAGCACAUUGCUAUUUUAUAAAAUAUUAAUAUACUGUUUUAAAAGUAUAAUUCCCUGUACUAAUUUUUGCUUUUCCAAUUUUUUUUUUAUCUACCGGAACAAAAAUAAAUACUGAAAACCAAAAUUAGUGUCAUUUUUUUUCCAAAUAUUUAGGACAGCUGGCACUAGCAGACUCAAGAAGAGAUUACAAGGACAUCAAAGCAGUCAUUGCUAGCUAUUGCUAUGGUGAUCCCACCAGUGGACAGAGAGCAGUUUAUGAACUGGGGUUGACGGGUGUGCCAGUGUUCAAUGUCAACAACAACUGUUCAUCUGGUUCAUCUGCUCUAAUGCUGGCGAGGAGACUGGUUAUGAGUGGCAUUGAAGACUGUGUCAUGGCUUUAGGUGAGUGCAUUAUGCUAGUGUAACUGAAAUGUUUAUUUGAAGAGAUGUGAACAUUUGGGGGUGGACAUUAGACAGUUUUGAUCCUUGUCCCGAAUUUCAUUUAUAAAACCUUAUUACUUUGAGUAGGACCAACAGCAGAAGUUUUUGCCCCCCACACGGUUCAAUCUUUGUUGUAUAUUAAAUUAUAAUUUUAUAUCUUCUUGUGAAAAGGCCAUAAUAAUAAUUUUCAGUAAAAAGAAUAAUAAAGAGUUUCCUUAAAUUUAUUUCAUUUGAAGUUAUUUUUCAAAGGAUUAUAUUAUGAAUAGUAAAACUAGAUUCGUGGAGAUUAUUUAUUAAGACUUCAUCUAACUGUUGCUGGAACUAAGUUCAAGGCCCACCACACAAGAGUCCUGAUUUACCUGAAGACCAUCGGACUACCCUUAAAAUAGAAUGCUGGCAAAAACAAAUACUAUCAACAACAAAAUUCCUAUCUUUAAAUUAUGAAAUUUUUCUUUGACGCACCAAUAGGUAAAUGUAGUAGAUAUUUCAUUUGUUAAUUGAAUAAGUUCCUGGGUUAAUUCAUUUUUAUUGCAUUCAUUUUUAUGUGUAUUAAAACUUAAUUGUUUUAACAAAAUUAAAUAAUAAAAUGCCUAUGAAUUUAUUAAAGCUUUCUUUCAGAAUGUAUUGUGAAAUUAAAGCUAAUUUCAAUUUUUUUUACCAUUAGUAUACCACAUAAUUGUUUGUCAUAUAGGUUUUGAGAAAAUGGAAGGAGGAUUGUCAGAAAAAUACACUGAUCGGGUCUCUCCUGUAUCCAGGCAUAUGGAUCAUAUGGUCAGUCUGGGUGCAGAUAAAGGUCUCAUCAACCCUAGUAUGAAUAACAUGACCUCGGACGUCAUCAAGCUGUUCGCCUAUGCAGCAAGAGAGUACAUCGAAAAAUAUCCUAAUGGAACAAAGGAAGCAUUGGUACAAAUUGCCUACAAAAACAGAAAGCAAGGAAUUAACAAUCCUCGGGCUUCAUUUCAGGUACUUUUUUUUAGAAAUAAUACAUGUUGUUUAUUUCAAAAAUUGUUUUUAAAAAUGUUUUUAAAAAUGAAAUUUUUAUUUCAUAAGUUGAACUGUUGCAAGGUUAUACAUUUUUUAAAGCUAUUUUUUUUUUAAAUUUAAUUUAAUAAAACAACUAUUUAAACAUAUUAAGUUAAGGAAAAUUAAUCAAAAGAAUUUAUUGCUUUAAAAAUAACUAAAUAACAAGAGCCUAGAAAUAGCAUGUAACUCAGAUUCUACAAAUAGAUGACAAAGAAAACAACUGUAAAUAGAAUUUGAAGAACUUUUAAAGUGUUUGAGUUACCAGAUACUCAUUUAUUUUUUUUUACAAAGAAUUUAUUGAGCAUGGAAACAAUAGCCACUAAAGCAAUGCUGUGUCCACCCAUCACAUUUGGAAUGACUGCUGCUACCGCUGAUGGAAGUGCUGCUGCCAUUGUCUGCAGUGAAGAUUAUGUCAUCAAGAAUAACCUCCAGGACAAAGCUGUGGAGAUUUUGGCCCAGAAUAUGGUAAGAGAGGAUAAGCUUAAAAAAUAAAAUGUUGCACAUUAAAAGGGAUAAAAUGGGGGCGGUUGGAUAUUUGGUGUUAUAAUUAAUUAUUGAAUUGUAACUCUUUUUAUAAUUACUAGUCUAAUAUAAUGGAUUGUUGCAUUUUUCAGGAGUAAAUGACACAAACCCUCAUUUUGUUCAAGUAGGGGGAAGCUUUAUUUAAAAUAAAGACAAAACAAUGGGUAACAGCCCACUUUCUUGAUUUUUUUUGUUUUUAAAGUUAAAAGCAUUCGAUGAGCAAUUGUGUCUCUUAAUGUACUUAGCUUUAUUUAAGUUUAAGUACUGAUUUCUUAUAAUUAGUUCUGUUUGGGUUUUUUAUAGUUUUGUUAUAACAAAAUUAAAACUGAAUCACUCAAAUAGAAAUUUAUAGCAGUUCUGUGAAGUCAGACAAAAAUAUCUUUUGAAGUUAAUAUUUUUAUUUUUCAAUAAAAGAACAAAUAAUAACUUUCAGGGGAGUACUUUAUUCUUUAGGUUUUUCUUAUUACAGAAUUAAGUAUUUUUUCUUCAGUAUAUGUUUCAAGAACUCACCUGUCAUUGAUUUAAGUUUAAGCCAUUAAACAAUCAAUUUUGUCUCAAUACUGUCUCACAACUCCUAUUCUCAGAAAUAUUUUUUUUCUAAAUGCCUGGAAGAUGGCUUUGUUUGUGCUAAUUAUGAGAUGAUUGUUAUGACAGGUGACAGAUCUCCCAUCAUCAUUUGGACAGUCCUACAUGGAUCUAUCGGGAUACUCCAUGGCUAAGCUAGCAGCUGAAAAAUGCCUGGCAGAAACAAGACUUACACCUAAUGACGUUGAUGUUCUUGAGGUAAAUAUAUAUUUAAUUUGGGCACCACAACCUAAAUACUAACAUUAUUACGAGUAAUACUCAGACAAGCUUACAGAUGUUUUUAGGGUGGAAAAAAUACUAUUUAUUCAUUUUUUAUCAUACAUAAGGUUCAUGAUUGUUUUUCCUGCAAUGAACUGUUCAUGUAUGAGGCUCUAGGCCUGUGUCCAGUUGGGGAAGGUGUCAGUUUGGUCACAGAAUCUGAGUGGAGGAAGAACAAAGAGGGUGGAGAACUAUUGUACUUGGGCAAAAAAUGGGUUGUAAACCCUUCUGGUGGACUGGAAUCAAAGGGUCAUCCUAUUGGUGCAACAGGUAGGAGAUAAAAUUAAGGCUGUACAUUUUACAAUGCUACAGAAAACCAUUACAAUGGAGUUGUGUACCAUAGAUUAAAGAACAAGCACGAAAAUCUGUUCAGCUGAAAUUAAGACAUCUUGAGAAAUUUUAAUGAGAACCUGGUAAUUAUUUUAAAAGAUUUUUAGCUGAAAUGAAUUAUUCAUCAUUAACUAACUUAUUUUUCUACCAAAGAUGUAACUUGUUUGAUGGGUUCAUGUACUACUCAGAAUAAUUUAUUCCUGUCUUCAUAAAAUAUUUUCAACGUUAUCCAGGUUUGGCCCAAUGUGCAGAAUUGAUUUGGCAGCUCCGUGGUGAAGCAGGCAAGAGGCAAGUGGAAGGGGCGAAAAUUGCAAUGCAGCACAAUUUUGGAAUAGGUGGCGCUGCAGUUGUUACAAUGUAUGGCAAUGCUGGAAUGAAAAAUUUAGCAAAAAUGUAAUUGCUGGUGGGGGGUGGGGGGUGUUGUUGUAUCGAAUGUUUGAUAAAUUACCAAAUCAGAAUCCAUUAUUACCAUUUUUGGAUCCAAACAAAAAUAAUAAAUAUAAAUGUCUUGAAAAAUCCAGUGGGGUUUCAGGGCUUUUAUGCGUGAUUAAAAUAUUGCUAAAUUGUUUCCUUGAAUGUGCUCAACUAAUGUACCAUACCCUUUUGUUUUGUGUAUUUAAAUCAUGUUUUAUGCUGUAAUUUUUAUUAUUCUUUACAAUACUUUCAACGAGUAACAAUUGUAAAUACCUUAUGCUCUUUUAAGACAAUAUGUUCUGUAGUUGGACUACACAUUAUGAUUUGGAAUGUAAAUGUCCUGUACACUUCUACUGUUAGAUGAAUUGAUACUAGGGUGAUAGAAAUGUGCCAUUAUUGUGACAAGAAAACUUGGACAAGUGGUUGUAGUAUUUACACACAAUCUAAAACAUUAAACAUAAACAUACCGUUACACUCCAAUUUUUACAGCCUUAUUUUUCCCAAAGCCUGAUUAAAAUAUUUCCCUAACUUAGACCAACAAACCAAUCCCUAUAUAUCAUUGUUAAUAUCAUCAAAUGUAUUCAAAAGAUUUCUUCAAAUUUAAAUAGCAUUAAAAUACAACAAUGUUCACCAAGGACAUUUUUAGUAGUUUGUUGAUGUAUGCAAUACUGUUGGUUUUAUUGCUUAUAUUAUUAAAUGCUUUUAUCUAUCCAAUGUGCCAUUGAUAAAUUCCUAAGUCAGCUGAUUUCUAUGCUUACCAUUGAUUUUUUAAAAAUUAUUAUUGGUAUUUGAUAAUUGUUUCGAUUUGUGUGGGAUCUGAUGUUUCUGAAGUUUGAAUAUACACUUAAAUAAAUUGACUGUGAUAUGAAUUUUGAUUUUCAUAAUAUGUAUAAAUAAGCAUUUUUUUUUAUACAAGCCAAUGAUGUUUUGCCUUUAAAUUUAUUUUAUUCGCACAUCUGGUUGGUUAAUUAUUUUUUUUAAUGUUAAAUAUGUAUGACUUUUAACCUAUCAACAAAAUGAGUCUUCUGCAAAAAGUGGAAUCAAGUUUAGCUUUUUCAUUUUUUAAUUUGUUGUUUUUUCCGCAGACGUAAUUGCCUAAACAAUAAUUUCUUCAUUCAUAAUUUGAGUAUGUAUCUAUUCUCUCUUUAUUUAUUUUAUCUAUUAUGAAAAGUUUAGGUAAUUUUUUUUUUUUAAAUUGUUUAAUUCACCUUAAGUGUUGGAACAUUUGGGAUUAUGGUUAACUAGAAUCACCUGGUCUGAUUUCAUAAGUGUUGGUUAAACACUAUCUUUAUAUACUUUUAUCAAUUAUUUAAAUUAAGAAAUAUCUUGAUUAAAAUAAAAAUAAUAUUAUUACUUCAAGCUGGGUGAUUUUCUUUUGUCGAAUAUGAAAGAUGAAAGAAACUUUUUUAUUUAACUGAUGUCUUGAUACAGAUGAAGAUCAU